UCCGUUUAGUCGAACAGCUACUGCAAUUACGUGCUCAUCUCGUAGGUUUCUGGACCACUUGGGAAGUAUGUACUUGUGAUAGACGGAUGCUGACUCCUGGAUUUAUUUGUCGUAAAAUCCUAUCUGAAUCUCGUGUUUUCUUCCUUCUCAUCUCUUGUAUCGCUCUUCUUGUGUCACCCUUUUUUCUUCGACAUAGCGAAAAACGUGUCACUUCAAAGCUUUAUCGACUUAUAGUUAAGAAAAAACCCCAUAAAUGAUAUUGAAAUAAUGCAAUAGUGAUUUGAAAAUAAUGUUUCCUUUUGUUUCGUAAAUAUUUCGAAAUAAGUGAAGAAGAAGAAAAAAGGGGAAGAAAAGAAAAAAAUUGUAUUUCUUUUUAUUUUUAUAAAAAAAGUGGUGUAAUUUAUAUGGUGACGGUGAUGAUAAAUGUGUUUCGUUUGUUUUGUCCACUUCUUCCUUACAAGGUGAUUUUCCGACUUAAUUCUGACCUCGAUUACAAGUCUGAGAGUUCUGUAAUUGACGACGAGAGAUGAACUUCGGAAUGAGGAAGACAAUCAGUAGAAAAAUUGUCAAGUUCCUGCUGCUAUUUCUUCUUUAUUCGGCUGCAUUGGGACAAGGUCUUUUACUGGAGGAAGAAAAGGAGCCAACAUAUCUUACCGCAGGUGUCGGAGAAUAUGUCGUCUUUAACUGCGAUCUCGACUUUCCACACGAGAUACCGAUUCCAUAUAUUCUACACUGGAAACGAGAUGGCCGAACAAUAUUCUCUUGGUACGCUAACGCGACUUCCGCAGCUCGAGAUUACUCCGGUCGUAUACACAGGUUGGACGAUGUCUCCAGCUACGGUCAAGGCAGCAUUAAUUUGACAAAUAUUAGAAACAGUGAUCAAGGAUGGUACGAGUGUAAAGUCAUUUUUCCCAACAGAACACCGAGUUCCAGAAAUAAUGGCACUUGGUCACAUCUCUCCAUUGAUGGUGUGUUGCCGCCGGGCGAAAAUGUUCCAGGUGAGACACUUUUGGUUGUACCUCCAAUCAAUGGAACUGUUAUGGAAGGUGAGCCUGUAUCAUUUGAAUGCAUUGCGAAAGAUUCCUCGUCAAUUGUCGCUUGGUUUCACGAAGGUGUUGAGAUUUCGGAAAUAAAGGCUCUCAAACUCCGCGCGUCAGUUGAUAAUAAUGGAACAUUGACAAUGAAACCAACGGACAUGGGUGAUUUAGGGGAAUACACUUGUGUUGUUAGUAAUGAUCAAGGAGAACAGCAAAGUGCAUCUGCUUAUCUUAAUGUACAAUAUAAAGCAAAAGUAAUAUAUGCUCCCCGAGAAGUAUUUUUGCCAUACGGGAAACAUGCAAUUUUAGAUUGUCAUUUUAGAGCGAAUCCACCGCUAACGAAUCUACGUUGGGAGAAAGAUGGAUUUCUUUUUGAUCCAUACAAUGUACAAGGCGUAUUUUAUAGAAGAAAUGGCUCCUUGUACUUUAGCAAAGUUGAUGAAAGUCAUGCUGGAAGUUAUAGCUGCACACCCUACAAUGAUCUUGGAACAGAAGGUUCCAGUUCUCCUAUCAAUGUGAUUGUUCAGAGACCACCAACAUUUACUGUGACACCACAACAACUCUACAUGAGAAAACUCGGAGAAAAUCUGGAAAUUCCUUGUGAUGCUAGGGAUGGAGACCACAAUCAUCGACCUAACAUCGUUUGGUUUAAAGAUGGUUCACCUCUUUCUCCGGAAAGAGCAAUAAUCACUGGAGGAAAUCUGACCAUUGAAAAAAUUCAAGAACAAGAUCGUGGACUUUAUCAAUGUGCUGCAACUAAUGAAGCUGCGACAGUUGUUGCUGAUGCUGAGUUAAUGGUCAUAAAUGUACCACCUAGAGCACCAUAUAAUCUCAGUGCGAAUACUAGUAAAAAUUCAGUAACUCUUACCUGGAUUCCUGGCUAUAUUCGUCCAAAAAUGGAAUAUUCUAUAUGGUAUCGACCAACGGAUACUUCCGAAUGGAGAACAAUGAAAAUUGUGUCCAAAAAAAUAACAGAAGCUACUGUGAAUAAUUUGACACCUGGUCGUGAAUAUGAGUUUAUGGUUCUUAGUCAAGACAAGCAUGGUGAUGGGAUGUUUAGUAAAACAGUACGUGUGCUUACAGAUCCAGAUGCGAUAAAUCAUAAUGGAGCUUCUGAAUUUCGAAGUCCUGAAUCAGAUUUUAUGGGAGCACCUCGUAAUAUCAGAGUACAAGCUACAGUAGAAGGUUAUUUAGUUACUUGGGAGCCUCCUGUUGUUGGUCCAGAACUCGUUAGACUAUAUAUUGUAAACUGGUUUAGAGGAACAUCAGAUCAUCUUUAUGGCAAAGCGGAAACAACGGACACGUAUUACCUUGUGAAGAAUUUAGAAGAGGAUAGUUAUUAUUCGUUCGAGGUGUCUGCAAUGUCAUUAACAGAUGACAUCUUGACCAGUGAACGUUUCACAAUGGAAAUUCCUGGAUAUCAAAAAAGUUCUCGUAAUAGAGCAAUUUCAAUGGGAAUUGUAGCAAGUCUUGGUUUUUUAGCUGCAGCCCUCGCAGCCGUUUGGUGGGCAAAAAGAAGAUUUUGCCAUUCACAAACUAAUGAAAAGUAAACAGUUUUAAAAAUCAACUAUUGAUAAUAAUUAAUGUACAUCUUUUUAGAAAAAAGACUUGGAAAUUGUAAUAAUCUGUUUAUUUUAUUAAUAUUACAUUCAAAAACAUAAGAAAUUUUUAUUUGUCUUUUAAAACAUCAUACCGUUUUAUCAUUAUUUUUAACAAAGGAAUAAGAAUGCCAGGAAGUAUUUUUAUUUAUUCAAAAUACAACUAUACUACUUUUUGGAAUAACCUUUUAGUAAGGGAGAGUGGGGCAAACCGGCCAUACUAACGGUUUUUUUUACUCUUGUGACUAUAUCAACCAACCGAUUUAAUUUUUCAUUCGCUUGUUUGAAAGAUCAUUUAAUUGUCCAACUUUUUCCCAGAGACACCUAUACUUUAUGUUUUAUUGUUUAGUUGAUGUGAUAACUUUAAAAAAUUUUGCAAACUGGCCGGUUCGCCCCAUCCCCUGCACGGAGAAAAUUUAUUCCUGAAAUUUUACUGAAUUUAGUUCGGUAAAACUGGGAUGAAGUGUCAAAACAGUAAUUUUUCAAGAACUAGCCUGUAAAAGAAAUUGCAUUGAAAAAUAAUGUAAAAAU